CCCGACUCAGUGCGCAUGCUCACUGAGCGUCUUCCCAUAGGCCCCUUUGCCCAUUUGGUGAAGACCGCGUAAGACUGCAGCUCGGGUCCCUGAGGUGUGGAUUCUUUCUCUCUUACUGCGACGCAGCUGCACACACAGAGACACCAAAUCCCAGAAGCCCAGUAAUGGAGACCCCCAAGAAGAGGAACCACCAACGGAAAGUUGGGAUCCUACGCCUGAUCAGGAGAGAUAAAACGAUCAGGAUUUCCCUUCCCAAGUGCGUGAAAUGGAAGGUGAUCUGCAAGGGCUGUGGCAGUCAAACACCUGGGAUGAAUCUGAGGUUUGGUCCUGGCAUCAAGUUGAAGAUUCUAUCAAAAGCAGAACCCUGUGAAAUGCCAGACACAGUGCCUGACCUGGAAGCUGAUCUCCAGGAGCUGUCUGAGUCAGAGACUGGGGAUGAAUAUGAAGAUGGUCCUGUGGUCCAGGGAAACGGUAUGCCAAAAUCAGAGCAGUUUAAAAUGCCAGAAGGAGGGGAGGGGAAACCACAGGACUAAACGAAGACAAGCUGAAAGAAUGCAAACUGAAUUCAUCCGAGAUAU